CAAUCACCUGAAGAACCAAAGCAGCAACACAAAAGGGCUUACAGCUUCCAUCCCAGAUCUCAUAACAAAUCCACAAAAAGUAAGAAGUAUUCAUGGGGGAAUCAAAGAAGAAAAGUAUAUCAAUCACAACACAAAGAGCUUGGAGUCUUGUAAGAAUGGCUCUUCUAUGGGGAAGGAAAGGUGGCAUCUUCAAGAAAUGACACAUGUUCGAGCUCCGUAACUUGUUCUCCAAGCAUCUCAAAACCCUAGCUCAUCAUUCUAACAGCUUUGAUAACGGCCGUUAUCUCGGUGAGAAACAGCUUUCUUUCGACGAGACCCCGAUCUUUAACGUUAAGAUGCACCGUCCUGCUUCCAUGAGGUUCCUCUUGCCUUGCAUUGCUCCUCCCGUUGACUUUGAUUACGACUUCGAAUUGGACGGUCAAGAUGAUACCGAAUAUGUUAGAUCCUACGGCUACUACAAUGGUUCGUGCAAUGUGAAAUGUGAUCGUGCGUCUGAGGAUGAUCAUGAGGAAGAAGAAGAAGAGAAAGGGGUAGAUGCUCUCGGGCGAAUUCCCGGCUAA